AUGGGUAUAUGUAAUGGAAAACAAGAAUCAUCGAAACAAAAUAUUCUAAAUAAAAAUCAAUAUGAAUAUCUUUUAUCUAUGGAUAAUAUGAAGAAAAUACCAAUUGUUACUCUUGAACAAGCUGUUAUACCUCUUGUUCCAUUUCUACCAACUAUUCAAACAUAUGUUUGUGUAGUAAAAGAAAAAUGUGAAAAUCCAGCUGAUGGAUUAACAUGUGAUGAAUCAGCAUCAAUAAUGCUUUAUUCAAUGGGAUGGCAACCAUUAAACGAAUGUCUUUAUGUUGUUUUAAAUACUACAUUACGUUCAAUAAAUCAAGAAACUCUUCAACCAUGGUUUUUAUAUUUAAAACUUUUAUUUACUGCACUUUUACAUCUUCCAUCAAGUCAAUUAGUUGUCUAUCGUGAGAAUAAUUCUGAUUUAAGUAAACAAUAUAAAAUAAAUGAAAAUUUUACAUGGUGGGAUUUUUCAUUAUGCACAAUAUUAAAUGAGGAUUAUUUACAAUCGAAUAAAUAUUUAAAUAAAACCGAAAUACAAACAAUAUUUAUAAUUGAAUGUAAUACAAUCAAAGAUAUUCGUAAACAUACUUAUUUUCAAUCGGAUAAUUCCGUAUUAAUUUUACCUGGUACACAAUUUAAAGUUCUUGAUUGUUUAGAUCAUAAUGAUAAUAAUUAUUAUUUAAUAAAACUUCAAGAAAUUCAAUCAUCAUUUCUUUUACAAAAACAAAUUUCUAAUAUUAAACCAAGAAAUUUUUUAAGAAGAUUUUGGUCAUGUGGAAAAAAAGAAUCAAAAAAAUCUUUAUCCAAUGAAAAAUCUCCAGUAUUAAAUAGUAAUAUUCGUAGUAUACCACUCGAUCAAAUACUUGCUGAAAAUAAUCGUAGUUGGACUGUUAAUUUAGAUGAACAAAAUAUAACAGAUCGAGAUAUGAAAUUUAUUGUUAAAAAAGUUAUUAAUAAAAAACGUUAUAAACGUAUUCGAUUACGUGAUAAUAAUAUAACGUCACAAGGUGCAUUAAUUUUAGCUGAUGGUUUACAUAAUAAUACAACAUUAGAAUCAUUAGAUCUUCGAAAUAAUUAUAUUGAAGAUUUAGGUGUACAAUCAUUAGCAUUAGCAGUUAUACAUUCAAAUCUUAAAACACUUAAUCUGGAAUCAAAUGGUAUUACAUAUGAAGGUGCACAAUAUUUAGCUGAAAUGCUUAAAUAUAAUCAUACAAUAACAGAAUUAUAUUUAUCAAAAAACCAUUUAGGUGAUAAAGGAGUGAAAUUAUUAGUAGAUGCACUGAAUAAUAAUGAUACAAAACAUCAUGUGAAUCAUGAUAAUAAAGGGAUAUGUACGAUCAAUUCAUCGGUUCUUCAACAUCUAUAUCUUGGUCAAAAUGAUAUAACAGAUAUUGGAAUAGAAUAUAUUGCUGAAAUGCUAAGAAUUAAUCGUAUGUUAACAUGGCUAUGGUUAUCUGGUAAUGAAAUUGGAAAUAAUGGUGUUGAACUAUUAUCGAAUACACUUGCGAAUCAUAAUACAAAUCUUGAAUGGCUAUUUCUUAAUUCAAAUAAGGCUAUUGACGAUGCAAGUAUUGAUGCUUUGAUACGUAUGCUUAGACGUAAUCAUUCUUUAAAAACAAUCUAUAUAAAUAAUUGUAAUUUAUCGGAUAUGGCUAAGCAAAGACUUAUUGAAAUAACUAAAAUGAAAAAAGACUUCGAUUUAGAAGUUUAA